AUGAAAGAUUGUAAUAUAAGUUUUUAAAAUAAGCCAACAAUUGCUAUCUCAAGAAUUUACUAAAAUAGCGAUAGAUUUCAUUUACCAAAUUUAAAUAAAACAAAAUCUUAAUCUCCAAAUAAUAUCUAUUAUAAUGAAUAUUUUACAGAAGUAAGAGGAAUCAAAGCAAAUUCUGAAAAAUCUAGGUAAAUACAAGAUAAAAUAAUAAAGAAUAAGAUUAAAGGUGUGGUGUUAAAAAAGAAAUAAUAAAAAUUGCUCUCAAAUAGAUACUUUUAUUAAGAAGAAAAUUUAAAGAGAAUUGUCAACAAUUAAUCAUUAGAACCUUAGUAGAUUUCUAAAAAAGUCUAAGCUUCAAAAAUUAUCAUCUCAAAAAUAAAAAAUGAAUUGUAUUAUUCCUAAUCAAUACCACCUAUUAAAUGCACAUUAAAUUAAAAGGAAGAAAAAGAAAUAAGAAAACCUAGAUAUUUUUAUGAAGGAUCUAUUAAAGAGAAAUUAGAUCGAAGACAAAAAGUUAGCAAAGAAAAUAAAGAUGAAUAAUAUAACUAUUGGAAAUAUAGUUAUUAAGAUGAGUAUGAAGAUGAAGAUUCUAUUAUAGAGUAUGUAAGUGGAUAACAUUAAUUCUAAUGA